CGGAAUUCAAAGUGUUUGUUACGGAAGCGGAUUUGCGCAAAACCGGCGGCGAAAAAAUCUCAGUGGUUUUAAGAUGUGAUAUAUCGUUGCUUGUUUGUACGUGUAUGCAUGGCAAACCACAAACAAAGUAAUAAUAAAGUGCUAAGAAAGUGAGAAAGUGACGCAGCAGCAAGUAGUAGAUACGAUUGCUUGCGUAGUGCAUAGUCUUAGUUAUAAAUAUAAAUUGUUUAAUAAUUGCAACAAAUUUGAAAUUAAGAUGAAACUUCCACACACAACAACAAUAACAACAACAACAACGCACAUAUCCACUUGGCGGCACGGCAGCGGACUGAGUAAUGCGAGUAUAUGUAUAGUGUUGUUGUUGCUGCGAUUACUCGCUAUAUGCAGCAUUGAAGCAGCGCCACAUCCAACACCUGCCAAUAAUGCUGACGGCGACGAUAACUUCCGGCGUAAUUAUGCCGUCGAAUAUGGUGCACCGUUAAUUACACCGCUAAUGGAAUAUGUAACGCUGGAAAUGAAUACAAAUUAUACAAUACGUUGUGAGGCCAAUGAACCAUUGCUCUGGAAAGUUACGCCUAAUACGCCGGCACACGAGGUGAAAACAUUUGAUACCGGCGAUCCGCAACGACCAUUUGGCAGUAUGCUCUACCUAUUGGAGAUAUCAUACCUAAAUGUGGGCAGUUAUUAUUGCAUAAAAGAAUCGAGCGUUAGCAAAAGUCUCGACGAAAUGCUAGAUGAAGAGGUGGUCGAAUUGGUGAAUAACAAUAAGGCAUCCUCCAUUUACGUGUACGUCAACGAUCCUGCGAAUUUAUUGGCGUUAACGGAAUUUCCUAUUAUAACCGCUUAUCAGUAUCAAGAUACAGUGAUACCUUGUAAGCCGACUAUGCCGAAUAUAGAAGUGCUUCUAACCACAUCACAUGGCGAGACAUUUUCCAGUGAGAGUACCGGCCGUUAUGAUCCACAACGCGGUUUCGUCGUCGAAAUACGCGGCAUUACCGAUAGCGGCAGCUAUAUGUGCCGCCCGAAAGUGCCGUCUCUAGAUAAUGAAGAGGAGGAACAAACUUUUGAGAUCCAUUUUGUUGGUAACGAACCUGUUAAUCCAUCGGAUAUACCAUCGGUGGAGGCUACUACUCUAGCUAGCACAAUAAACGCGUCAAAACUCAAUUCCAUUCGAACCAUAAUCCCAAAAACUAAGAGCAUUCCCCCACCAAGACCCAGCCGAAGCACGAAAACAGCAACAAGUACAGUAACUAACAAAAUUGUGCCUGUUACUAAUCGCAUUUUUGAUGUUGUUAAUCUAAGAGCAACGCAUAAUUUUCAUAAACUCUCAAAUCACUUAGUUGUAGCAUCGGAUGUGGAUGUGGAUGUGGAUGAAAAUGUGGAUAUUAAUGUUGGUGUUGGUAUUGGUAUUGCUGUUGAUCGUCUCCCUAAUCCCGGUGAUGGCAAUAUUGUGGAUGAUAAUAGCGUUAAUAUACUAGCUGAUGAUGUUGUUGGUGUUACUAAUAAUAAUGGUGAAGGUUAUGGCAGGACGCACGUGACCACUACCACUGACGACUAUCGCAAAACAUAUAAAUUAGCUACAGACCCUUACGCUGACGCUGAAAAAGUUAGUUUUGAAAAUAGCACGACUUCCACGACGACUGUUUCACCGUUCGUCACAUACGUGCGCGCAACGAAACGCUCAUUUUUGCGACGCGCUGCCCCAACUACAAGAUGGCAUAGUUCACGCUUUCGUGGUACACAGCGUUCGAGCACGAAAUAUAUCGAGAAACCGGUCAUAACCUCCAAUUCUCGUGGACAUGUCAAUGUUGGCGAAAAUUUCACAUUAAAUUGUUAUGUGAAAAUCGCCUUCGAUGUUUCCUACACAACGCAAUGGAAAACACCAGCUGGAGUUGAAGAGCAUCGCAUGGUAAAAACUACGCCCAGAUUUAUUAAUUCAACAUCAACUCAUCAAGUGGGUCUAGCAAUGUUGACGAUAUUGAACGCACAGAAAUCGGACUCUGGUCUUUACGAGUGCAUUUGCACCGAUCAUUCGAACAAUGUCGGGCGUAACAAUUAUCAAAUGACUGUACUAAAUCGCGAUGAGGGCUACAUAAAUAUUAGCGAACCCUCAGGCUACUACAAGAUUGUCAGCUCUGCCAAUAAAAAGGUACAGAUCAACGUCAAAUAUCGCGGUUAUCCAUUCCCCACACUUACCUGGUACAAACCUGAUAAGACACAAAUUCAUCCAUCGAAAAAGUAUAUGAUCAACACAACAGAUACCUCGAUCACGUUGCAAAUUUUGAAUGCACAACUCGAAGACAGUGGCGAGUAUGUGAUACGCGCCAAAAAUGAGUUGCUCGUGAAAGAAUUACAAUUCAAUGUGAGCAUCACAGAUAAGCCCAAAGUUACAGUGAAAGAUGUCUACGUAAAAGCUGGUGAAGAGGCGCAUUUGCAGUGCCGGGUAUUAUCCUAUCCAACGGCUAUAGUAUCCUGGGUGUUUACACCGUGCAGCAUAUCGCCGCGAUGGCCAUCGUGUGAUAAGCGUUUAGAGCAAAAUUUCAAUUCCACACGCAAUGCACAACCAGGCGAGUUGGCUAUUGAAUACAUACACGAUUUGUAUUUUACGCCUGAAAAACCAGGCAUUAUCCACUGCUUGGCAGCCAACCCAAAAGGUAUGGGCGAGGGCAAAGGUCAUGUGCUUAUCGGCGAUAUAAGUGAUAAUAUGACCAUAGUGGGCAUUGAUGAGAAUAAGAAGAUUGCGCGCGGCGAUGAGGUGACGCUCACUUGUGCCGCAUUAUCUUACUACUUCUCAGACGAUCUGGAUUGGUAUAAGGAUGGCGAGCUUGUGGAGGAGAGCAACAAUUUUGUGAUUACCAACUCCUCAACCAGCUAUUCGUAUCAAAGGACGUUGAAAAUCAAUAAUAUCCAAGAACGCUCGCAGGGCAGCUAUGAGUGUCGUGCACGAAAUGCGAACAACUACGAUCAGCAGGAAAGCAAAUAUAUCAGUAUUUUUGUGUAUGAACCACUGCCUCCCAAAAUGAUACACACCAAUUUGGAUGAAAAUGCAAAACUGGAGCGCAAACUUGGCGACUUCCUAGAAUUGGAAUGUACACCGGAGGCCAUACCAGCAGCAAAUGUGCACUGGUACAAAGACGAUAUAGAACUCACCAAUGGCAGCAAUAUAGCCAUCGAAGAAGAUGGCAACAAGCUAGUCAUACAAUAUAUAAAACCCGAAGAUGAAGGUAUCUAUAAAUGUGUGGCCGUGAAUCGUUUGGGCUCUGUCGAUGCUAGUUCCGCAGUUAAAAUCACAAACUUACCACGCAUGCGCACCGGCUGGAUACUUGGCCUACUCUUCUUCUUCGUCAUACUCAUUGCGCUGGUUAUCUACUUGUGUGUGCGUGUUUUGCGCGAACGGAGACGGCUGCGAGAUUACAAAGCCGCCGGUUUGGCCAACUUUGAAGAAGGUGCUGUGGAGCAUAUAAAUCCAGCGCUGACAUUGGACGAGCAAGCAGAUUUAUUGCCAUAUGAUCGAGCUUUUGAAUUUCCACGCGAAAAGCUUAAAUUGGGCAAACAAUUGGGCGCUGGCGCCUUUGGUGUGGUUUUGAAGGCGCAUGCUGAGGGCAUACGACCUGAUGAAAAGGAGACUGUGGUGGCUGUGAAGAUGGUGAAACGCAUAGCGGAUAAUGAGGUGAUGCGCGCUUUGGUCACGGAAUUGAAAAUUAUGGUACAUUUGGGACCAAAUUUGAAUGUUGUGAAUUUGUUGGGCGCCGUCACAAAGAAUAUCGCACAACGUGAACUGAUGGUAAUUGUGGAAUACUGCCGAUAUGGUAAUGUGCAAAACUUCUUACUGCGCAAUCGCAAACGUUUUAUAAAUCAAAUCCAUCCGGAGACUGACAAAAUCGAUCCGACCAUUACAAAGCAACGCUUCUCGGAUAAUUUCGAAUUGAAUCGAAACUCUGAAAAUGAUCCACGCUCCGGCACACGCGCUGGACGUCCCAAUUCGGCUGGAUAUUUGCGGCAAUCCGAUUUAUAUGAGGGGCAUGUGGAUAGUGGUGCAACGGAGCAGACAGUGAUGACCACAAUACCUGAAGACGAAGAUCAUGUUCUCUCCAAUAAUUCCGUACAGCCUGCAUGGCGUUCCAACUACAAGCCCGAUAGCACAGAAGCCAUGACUGUUACCACAACCGAUUUGGUUAGUUGGGCCUUUCAAGUGGCGCGCGGCAUGGACUAUUUAUCGUCACGUAAAGUAUUGCACGGCGAUUUGGCUGCACGUAAUAUUUUACUCUGCGAGAAUAAUGUGGUGAAAAUAUGCGAUUUUGGCUUAGCACGCUCCAUGUAUAAAAGCGAAAACUAUAAGAAGCAAGGUGAAGCGCCCUUGCCCAUCAAAUGGCUAGCUUUGGAAUCGCUUAGUGAUCAUGUGUUUAGCACCUACACUGAUGUUUGGUCAUUUGGCAUUGUUUUGUGGGAGUUCUUCUCGUUGGCGAAGGUCCCCUACCCCGGUAUGGAUCCAAAUCAGACACGUAUCUUUACAUCCGCCCAGGAGACUGGAGAUCUAAUGAUUAUUCUAACAUUCUGCUUCUCAACGUUUGCAAAUGGUGUUAUUGCUGCCCAAAUUUUGUACUAUUGGAAUAAACCGGCCAAAGGAAGAAAAGACAAAGCCGGCAAACCUACAACGAAGGCUGAUGGUGCAGCUAAAAAGACGAGGAGCAAAAAAAUUGACUGA